AUGGGUUUUUUGUCGCAUGUUAUAGAUCCAUCUCAGGUAAAUCGAGGUGAUCACGUCUAUGCUUUACGAAGUUUUGGUUUUUAUCAACAUCAUGGCAUUACUAUUACGGGUGCAGAUGCAAGUCGUCUUAUUCCAAAGCCACCUAUUAUUGAACCGAUCAUGGUGAUAGAACAAAAUCAAGGUGGUCUAAAUGUUGUUACUCUUGAAAAAUUUACGUACGAAGAUGGUAAAUUGAUCAAAGCAAAACAUUUUCUCCGUCGCGCUCAGUACAACGCAAAUCUGGCUUCAUAU